AAUCGUGACACUUGGAAAAAGAGAAAAACAGACAGGAGGAGCAACGCCCACCGAUUACUGUAAGGAGUGUGUGGAGACAUAAAAUGUAGAGACUUUCAAAGACGAGCAGUUCGUGACACGCGUGGAUAACUGAAAAACGCGACAAGGACACAAACAUUUUUUUCACUAAUGAGCUCGAAGUGAUGAGCCGACAAUCCGGACCAGGACCGGGAGCUUUGGAGUGCGCUUGGAUGUGCGCAACAGAGCAUGUGUGCCACUGCGGACUGCUGAGCACGCCGUGAUCUGUCAUCUCAUCUCCUCCAUUCCAGCUUUAAAGUUUCCCUUCAGGUGCAGCAGCCUGAGGAAAAAGAAAAAAAAAAAGAAGAAAAAAAAAAAUAUCUACAUUUGAGGAAACUUGCUCGCGCUGGAACCAGUUGUCAAAGAGCAGAUUUGUUGGAGAAUUUUUCUGCUUGGUCAGCUGAUGCUUGAAUAAAGCGAGAGAAAGAGAGAAAAAUGGGGGAAGAAAUAAUCCCUGAUUUUAUGUUUCUUGAAGACCCAUAAAUCUUCACACUUUGCUGCUCCUCUGACCCUCCCAUCUUCCGGACGACUCAGCACAUUUCUGAUGGGGAUGCUCGAUCUUUACGGGGAAGAUUCGCGGAUUUCACAGACAGUAAAUUGAUUUUUUUUUCUCCUCCUUCUUUGCUGUUUUUGGAGAAUGGCUUCUAAAAAUAGCCUGAAUGCUGAUGAGGUUGCAGUGAACAGGUUGCUUUUUAGCUGAAACUUAAAGACAUGCGGAAAGAUGCCCAGUUGUAGGACAUUUUAUCCACAACACAAAGUUCGAGCGGAGCUUCAAAGACAGAAAGGGAUUUAAAAAACAAAAAACAAAAACAAAACAAAAAAACUUUCUCUCAGCACUGAUUUAUUUGGUUUUACGCAUCUAUUUUUUCAGUUCUAGCUGGUUUGGGAGAGAUAAGACCAACAGGCGAUCUUGGAAGCAGCUUGUUGAUGGCACUGCGCACAGGGAGGACUUGGUUUGGGCAGGUCUUGCGCAGGGUCUCUCGGCUGCAGGGCUCCUGGUCCAGGCGAUCCAGCAGCCUCUUGUGUCUCUCCGCUAACCAGGAGCAGGAUCUGGGGAUCUGUCACCAGGAUCAUUACAAGGCGGGAGACUUCCACCGGUGCUCCGUCUCCGGCGCUCAUCGUCCCCAGAGCGCACCUUUCUGCGCCUCCGCCUCCAGGCGCUGUCCGCACGGCUUUUAUCACGCUUGCUGCGCCUUCCCGGGGAAUCCGAGGGGACAUGAACCCCUCGGUCGCCGGUUCCUGUUGGCCAUGAAGCGGCAAAACGUGCGGACCUUAUCCCUGAUCAUUUGCACGUUCACAUACCUGCUCGUAGGGGCUGCGGUCUUUGACGCCCUGGAGUCCGACUUCGAGAUGCGCGAAAAGGAGCAGCUGGAAGCAGAGGAGAAACGUCUCCAGGGGAAAUAUAACAUCAGCGAGGACGAUUACCGCAAACUGGAGAGCAUCAUCAUGGAGGCUGAGCCCCACAGAGCCGGGGUGCAGUGGAAGUUCGCUGGGUCCUUUUACUUUGCCAUAACGGUUAUAACCACGAUAGGCUAUGGCCAUGCAGCACCAGGAACUGAUGCAGGAAAGGCCUUCUGCAUGUUUUAUGCCGUCCUGGGAAUUCCUUUGACUCUCGUCAUGUUCCAGAGUCUGGGUGAGAGGAUGAACACUUUCGUCAAGUACCUCCUGAAACGCAUCAAGAAGUGCUGCGGCAUGAGCAUAACUGACGUGUCCAUGGAGAACAUGGUGACCGUGGGGUUUUUCUCUUGCAUUGGCACGCUGUGUAUCGGGGCAGCUGCCUUCUCCCAUUGUGAGGAGUGGAGCUUCUUCCAGUCUUACUAUUACUGCUUCAUCACAUUAACAACUAUAGGCUUUGGGGACUUUGUGGCCCUACAAAAUAACCGAGCCCUCCAGAAGAAGCCCCUGUAUGUGGCAUUUAGCUUCAUGUAUAUCCUGGUGGGCUUGACGGUUAUCGGGGCCUUCCUCAACCUGGUGGUGCUCCGCUUCCUGACUAUGAACAGCGAAGAUGAGCGGCGGGAUGCAGAGGAACGAGCCUCACUCGCUGGCAAUCGGAACAGCAUGAUUAUCCACAUCCAGGAUGAAUCGCUGCAGCGAGGUCGACGGCGGCGGGAGCCCUACAGGCCAGAGGUGACUGACCUCCAGUCGGUGUGCUCCUGCAUGCACUAUCACUCGCACGACUACGGCAGCUCCGUUGCAGGGAUCGGAGGCCUGGGCUGUGCCUUCUCCCAUCAGAACUCGUUCAGCUCACAGUUAAACCCCAAUCAGUACUUUCAUUCGGUUUCCUACAGGAUCGAGGAGAUCUCACCCAGCACCUUAAAAAACAGCUUCUUUCCUUCGCCCAUCAGCUCGGUGUCUCCAGGCCUUCACAGCUUCACAGACAAUCACCAGCUCAUGAGGAGAAGGAAAUCAAUCUAAAACAUUCACAGGACAAAUGAGUUUUCAUGUUUUAUAUACAAGGUCAAACAGUUUCAAUGCUGCUCCUCACUAGAUUUUAUUUUAGCACUUGUUUUUUUCGCAGUUUGGUUGUAAUAUAAGUAUUUCUGGGAACCCAUGAUGAACAUUUAGAGAACAGCAAGCAAGGACACAAUGAGAUGCAAAGCAUGAAGCAUGGAUGUCUAUUUUUUCAAGGGAUUGCUCCAUUAAAAAACUACGUACUACAAAACUUCCUUAUUACAGAUUUACACUACAAAAUUGAUAUAUUAACUUUGGUUUCAUAC